GCUUAUGAAUGUCGUCAUCAUUAAUGGACGAAUUCAACCAACUGGUGCCACAUGUGUUUCUUUACCAGCAUCCCAGUGAAAUAUGUGUGAAAUCUACGUGCCUUUUGUCAUUAUUCCGUUCAUAUCUGUAAAGGAGUUGUAGUUGCUGUUUUUGCCCGAUCAUGGCGGAGUCUGGAGCCGAGAAGAGCCGCGGGUUACGGUUCGCCGAACGCCAGCUGCUCCGCCACGGCUGGGAGCACGGCAAGGGGCUUGGGCGAGAUGAAAACGGCAUUUCUGAGGCCAUCAAAGUGAAAGUGAAAUGCGACAAAGGCGGUAUCGGGCACAAGGAGGGUGACCAGUUUACGUUUCACUGGUGGGACCACAUUUUCAACCAGACGUCUGCCAGCCUCAAAGUGGAGUCCAACCACUCCGGCACCAAACUCCAUAAGAGCGGUGGCGAAAGUGAGGGAACCAUCUCCAACAAGAAGCCACUAAAGGCCAGCUUUGCUAAAGACAAACUGUAUGGUGCAUUUGUCAAAUCAGCUACGCUAGUGUCUGGCCUUGAGCAAGCCACAAGGAGCGCUUCUAGUGACAGCAGCAGCAGCUCGGAUGAUGAGGACGACGCAAAACUGGACAUGUCCUCAACCACCAAGAUGUCCGACGCCGAGCUGGUGAAGGCGUGCGGUGGUCGGACAGCGCACAAAGGAGCCAGGCACGGGCUGAAAAUGAGUGCCAAGCUAGCCCGUUUGGAGCAGCAAGAGGCAGAGUUCAUGGCCAAGUAUGGCAAAAAGGCACAGACACAAGAUGUGAGCGGAGAUUGCGAGGAUAGCACAGCAAGAACGCCAAAGAAGAAAAAGAAGAGAAAAAACAAGCCAGCAGAAAGUGUAAGGCGUUUGGAGCCAGAGGAGAGCGAACAUGCUGAGGAAGUCAGAUGUAAGAAGAAAAAGAAAAAGAGGAAUGCAGUGGAAGAGGAUAUACAAAUCCAGGGAGACGAUGAUGCCCAACAGAGCCCACCACCACGCAAGAAGAAGAAAAAGAAGUCCAAGGAGUAAUGUGCCAUGAGAGUUGCAAAGCAAAUCCAGAAUAUCAUCUCUGUAUUUAUUUAUACAGACAGAUAGCAGUCUGAUUCUAGCUUGAGAUGCAAUGCGACAUAGGGCAUGGGGAACAAACAUGAUUGUGCAAUCAGAUGUGUUUUUUCAGCAACACAUGUGUGAGAAACAUAAUUUUGUUUGCAGAUUACUGCAGAGUCAAUGAGCAAAGCACUAAAUUCUGUUAAUCUGAUGUGAAACAAAGGAGCUGAGCUGUCAUCACACCCAUCUGACCUUUGGAAGAUUCACCGGUGAGCACAUUUAUGAUGACUGCCAGGGAUCCAGAAUACACACAGUCCAAUAUUUUUGAAACUUUUCUGGUCUAAAUCUGAUAAUGGACUGAAUGAUCUAAUAAUUCAUGCAGUCUUUAAUGAACUUACCCAUAACUGACCGAAAUUCAUAAACAACAGGUCUGAACCUCCUAUGAAAUUAAUAUUGCUAUAUUGAAGAAACAAAACAACAUGCUUAAUAAAAUUACAUUUUCAGUGUG